AUGUCCCCUGCCCCUACAUCUCUUUGUUCUGAACCUUUACCGGUUCGAUCCCUCGGUCCGUUUUCUGGUCUGGUUAUUUGCGUCACUGGCUUAUCUAAAGAAGCAAGGAGACAAUUCGUGGAGGCAACAGAGAGAUUAGGUGGUCAAUACAAUACUAGUUUACAUCCUCAAUGCACCCAUUUGGUGGUCCAAAUAUCCUUUCUCUCCUCCUACAAGACUUAUGGGCCUAUAAUCCUCCAAGCUCUCUCGAUAAAUGCUCCAAAAGUGGUUGAAUGCUUGGGUUCUGAUGGUCACAAAUACAAGCAGCUUGCAAAGUCUGGGAAAGAUGACCUAAGACAAGAUGCUGUUAUGGAACAGUUUUUUGGACUAGUAAAUACUUUCCUACAUAAUCACCGCGAUACAUGGAAAAGGAGAUUAGUCAUACGUACAUACAAGGAAAAAGACAAGCGCAAAGCCUUCCAGGCAGUUUGUGAGAACUUCAGACCUGUCAUGCAUUACUUUUUUCUGGAGAGAUUUCUUCAACCAGCCGAUUGGUUUGAAAAAAGACUAGCGUACACUCGAAGUGUAGCAGCUACUUCAAUGGUUGGUUAUAUUGUUGGCCUUGGAGAUAGACAUACUAUGAAUAUUUUGAUUGAUCAGGCCACAGCAGAAGUUGUUCACAUUGAUCUUGGUGUUGCUUUUGAACAAGGUUUAAUGCUGAAGACACCAGAGCGGGUUCCAUUCAGGCUAACAAGAGACAUCAUCUAUGGCAUGGGUGUUACUGGAGUGGAAGGUGUUUUCAGAAAAUGUUGUGAGGAAACUCUCUGUUCUUAUCCACGAUCCUCUUUAUAA